UAUAAACAGUGCUUCCUCUUGAUACACUUUCAUAUAAUUGUUUAUGGGACUUGUGCCCCAAGUAUAAUGAAAUAAACUCGUAUUAACUGCAGAAUAACGCGAAGGUUAAAUUCUAAAGAGCCGAGCAUGAAGGAAAACAACAAGAUCCUUCAGUUGAUUAACGUGGCAUGGCGUGAACGCUGGACAGACUCACAGUGGGGCAUAAACAUAAAAAAGGUCCUACCGCGCGGUGUUAGCGGCGAUGUCUACAAUCUGGCGGAUUGUCUGCUGCAGCAGGCGGUCAUUGGCUCCACAGCGAAUUCGCUGGUUUUGAACUAUCUGAAGCACUCGCUGUGCGCGCACCUCGUCUCGCAUGCCGCGGUGCUGCGCUGCAUAGCCAAAUAUGAUAAACUGGGGCGCGUUUAUUGUGUGACCGCGUUGCUGGAGUUUCUGGUCAGCAUCAUAGACGGCAUCACCUGUCGCAUCAAAUCGGAGGAGUCGCUGCUGCCCGGCGCCGUGGUGCAGCUGGUUUUGUGGAUCAUGCAAAUAUUUGCGCGCACCUUGCAACAGUAUGAGAUGCGCGGCGAGAUGAGCGCCGAGCAGUCCUAUAUGCUGGACCAGAGCUGUCUGCUCAUCGAGCAUCUGACGCAGCAACAGUUCGUGCUGGCCAUGCUGAACGUGGGCUGUCACGAGGAGUUGGAGUCCCUGGACAGGCUGCGUGAUCUCUAUGCCAGCAUCAAGGCAUCGCUAACCAACUCCAACUUUACGCUCAGCGCGGCAACUGCCGAGCAGCAGCUCAAGCAGCUGGCCUACAUCGAUGCCAAGCACUUGGAGCUGCAAACGCUCAACCCAUGCCCCACGGUGGAAAAGAUUUCGUGCUGUGUGCAACCAUUGCUCGCCGUUGAAGUGCUCUUGAAUCCCUGCAAGGACACCUCAUACUAUGUGGCCGAACUUCAAAUGCUGCAGCGGCUCAAGGGCUAUACGAACACACGUCUAUUCUAUGAGAUUAUACGCGCGGGUUUCCUCACGCUCAGCAAUGUGGCCGACACCAGUCCGGAUACGAUGUGGGGCGCCUUUAUGUUCUUCAAGAUGCCGCACAUUAUCAAGCAGCUGCAUGCGCUGCAGCGUGUGCCGGGCGAGCAGCCAUUGGCAGCCACCGACUACAUACCCGAGCUAGUGGAGGCACUGGAGCUGCUCAUUGAGGACAAUCUGCUGCUGGACUUUAUGGACACCAAGUGUUCGUGCAAUAUUAUUGAGUUUCUGCUCAACGACUGGACCAAACAGCAGCUGGUGAACGAUGUUCAUGUCAAGAAGUUCGCCAGCCAGCGUGAGGCCGCCUCGAUGCUGCUCAAGAAGUGCGACAAUGGUCAGCAGACGCCCUCGAACAUUAAUUUCAUAAAACGCGCCGAGGUGCCACUUUCUGGCGUGCUGAAAACGUUGUGCACCAACAAGCUGCCGGAUAUGGUGAAUGUGCUCUGCCAGGUGCCAGUGGGCAACAGCUUUGAGCUGAUCCUAUCUGUGGCCACCGUUGAGGGUCGGCUCAAGACGUUUGUCUCGCGUCUGAUACAGUGCAACGAGAACUCCAAGCAGCUGCCCGGUGAACUGGGCAAACUGUCCGUCAUACGCUCCACGCUGUUCGAUGUGUCCUUCCUGAUGCUCACCAGCAUUGUGCAAACCUACGGAUCGGAUGUGGUGCUGUCAGAUCGAGGCGACUCCUUCUUUGAGAAGUGGGUGCGCGAGUGCAUGAUGGAGCGCAAUAAGCUGAAGAAUCCGCGCCAGAUCCUAGCGCUUUGCGAUGACAGCAUAGUGGACGAGCUGCUGUUGAGUCUGAGCAAGCCGGAGGCAGCACAGCUGAAACCCAGCAGCCUUACCUGGCAGGACAUAUGCCUCAAUCUGCCCGGCGUGCUGCAUCAUGUGCUAAUUGCCUGGGAGCAGGAAACACUCUCCUCGGCGGACGUGAAGAGCAUAUUGGACAACAUGAAGCGUCGCCUCUUCAGCUUCACAGUGUGUGCCACCUCGUUCCUGUGCGCGUACAUGUACUCGGUGCGUGAAACGGAGCUGCUGAAGCCUUUGAAUAUGAUCCAACAAUUUCUGGCACCGCUCACCACCGAGGAGCUGUCCAGCCAGGAGAACUCCAAGGAACGCCUGGCGCUCUCCUAUCAGAUCAUACGCAAAAUGCAGCACGAUGUGCAUCCGGCGCCCAACACCAAAUCCCGUCUCAUAUCCCACACGCCGCUCAUCGAACAAUUUCGCGAAUGCUGGCGCUGUGUUGCCGAAGCUGGACAUUUGCCGGUGCGUGCGGCACAGACGCUGGAAUCGUUGCUGCUGGCAGGGGGUGCCUCCUGGCUGGUUACACAGCUGGUGGAGCAAUUGCUCAGCUGCAAAUACAUGCGUGACAUGGCCAAGUGCAUGGACAUAGUGUUCGCUGUGAUGCAUUUGGACAUCGAGCGCAGCACCGAGGCAUUGCUGCAGUAUGUAGUGGCUCCGCUGAUCCUGCGUCGUCAAGGCGAGGACAUCAACGAGCCGCAGUCGCUGGUGCUGGCGCGACUCUGUGUCUACUGCAUCAUCUCCUGCCUGGAGACGCGUAGCUCGGCCAAUGCCGCCGCAGCUGCGCUCAAGAAACGUUCGCGCUCCCACGACGAGGACGAACUGCAGGGCGUAGCCAACGCGGCCAAGGUGCGCAAAGUGAUUGGCGAUGGCAGCAACGAAAAUUCCAAUGAUUUUGCCGACGGCAGCGGCACAAAUGUGGCCGCCAUGCUGAGCACGCCCAGCGCUGAGCUGCGCGCCACACCACUCAAUCUCAAGGAGCCGCUGCAGUCCAGCGUCAAGCACAUAUUCCGCGUCUUUCUGCAAUUUGUCAGCGGCGACGAGCUCUCGCCCAAGGCCGUCUUUGUCUAUCAGUUCAUCUCGCUGCUGGUCGAAUGCGGCGGUGAGCGAGUGACGCCCGUAUUGCGACUGCUGCCCGCGAAUCUGAUGCAACAGCUGCUCAAGGUGCUGGCAACCGAUGAUAUACGCGUGGGCCUCAUUAGUCGCCUCUAUGAUCUGCGCCUGCAGGGCGGCCGGCAGGCGGCUGUUGCCGAUUUGUGCCUGUGGCGCAAUAUGCAGCUGGCGCGGCACAGCAUACACUUGUGAGCAGUUGGGUUGGGUCAAUAAGACUGGCGCAGCAUGUUUAAUUGAUAAAUACUAAAAUAAACUUAUAUAUUAAAAACAAGAAUAAGUGAAUACAUUCUUGUUUCUUUGAUUA